AUGCAAAUACUUAGUGUUUUAUUUUUCUUUUAUAAUUACAAGGGUUGUGGUUUCCUGAAAGUGGUAUGUGGCUUCCUACUUCUAAGUGAUUCUCGAAGGAUGCUUUUAUCCCGGUUGCUUGCGAUGCCAGAGGACGGCCUGUACGAGGCUCCGUUUUACUACGUUGCUCUCGCACUCCUAGCAGCUGGACUUACAGUUUGCGUAACAUCUGCUAUAGGCGUUUGGGCAACAUAUUUACCUGGAUAUAUUAUUUUAACUUUUUAUUUCCUGAUAGUUCUCGGCAUGUUGCUCUGCGAGUGUGCAGCGGGUGUGGUGGCGGCGGUGUGGCCGCGCUGCUACGGCAUCCAGGCGGCGCGGGGCGGGGCAGUCGGCGCGCUGCAGAGCUACUAUGCGGUGCCCGACUACGAGCACUUUACGGCGGCGCUGGAUUUAGCUCAGACCGAGCUAGAAUGCUGCGGCAUGACAAGCGCGCGCAACUACGACAUGUCGCUGUGGCAACUGCGGCGGCUCGGCCCGCGCGGCCUCUCCGUGCCGCCCAGCUGCUGCGUGCAGACCGAGCACGCGUCCUACCUCAACCCCGCGCCGCGCAACCAGUCGCGCUGCCAGGAGGUACAACCCAUACCGGAGUUCAGACACGUGCAUGGUUGUCAGACUAAAUUAGAAGAUUGGUACCAGGAGCAGUACUUCGUGUUCAUGAUAUCGCUGUUCGUGGUUGCCGUUUUCAAACUAGCAAUAUUAUUAAGUACCGUGUUCUCAUGUAUUCAGUUAAAAAAGAGCAAGCAUGUGAAACAUUUCUUCACUAUAAAAAGUAUGCAGAGUAAAUCAAGUGAAAAUAUUUACGAACGUAAUAUGAGCUUACAUGACGAGCCUAUAACAGCAAAAUACAUACAACCGAAUAAUUUCUACAGUCCGCGCGUACGCAACCCGAGGAUUUUCAACAAACCCAAUGAUAUGGUAUGA